AUGGUCUUUGGCGCAUCGUGCAACAAGGCCAUGUAUCAGCACGUCAUCCAUUACCGGCUUACAGCAAGCGAGUGCUGGUGGAAGCAUAUUGACGGCAUCAAGAAGAAUAUGAGGCUUGUGCGUCCCGACGCCGUCGUCCAAGCGGGCGCCUUUGACGUCGAUUCCCUCGAAUGGGUUGCCUGGGUCAACGGUUUCCUACAUGAAGACUGGUCGGGUAACGCGUCAAAGAUCAGCAAAGUCGUCGGUCAGGCCUUGCUCAACGACCUGGAGCAGGAUCAGGAGAAGGACCGGCAAGGAGAUGGUGUUCGACAGCCACAGCAAGAGAAGAACGGACAGGAAGGAGGAGGGGUUCAUCAAGAAAACGGCGGCGACAAUGAUUAUGACGGCAAUGCCGUCCGGCGUACAAAGACUCCGCCGCAGUCUGCCAUCGUCGAACCCUCCGUCAUUGUCGGCCCUGACGACUCCGUCUCCGUAGCAGCAGGCGGCCGUCGUCGUCAUCGUUCUACGGAUCAGUCUCGGUCCCGGUCUCAGCAUCCACGGCGGCACCGAGUGAUCCAGCAGAUCGAGAACGACCUGAUCGUUGGGGCCCAUUUCCUUUUCAGGUCAACCGCCUACAUGGACGGCUUGCGCUACAGGCAGCGUGGGCAGGAGGAUAGCGGCCGCAUAGAGAUGGAGCUAAAUGGGGCGCGACGUCGCCGCUGGCGGCUGGUGCGCGAGCUCGUCGGCCUCGAAAAGAAUCUCAACGCGGCCCGGCGCCAUGCUCUCCUAGGUUCGGCCGGAGACGGUCCUGCUGCUGCUGUGGGGGUGUACCAUGACGAGGUUCCCCGAGCGCUCGUUGGCGGGCUCUGGCUGCAUUUCCUCGUGGGUAACGAGGAGCGUUUCGUUGUUGAUCAGGCCAUGGAUGCCGGAGAGCUGGACGUGGAGAUCAUGGUGACGCGCAUCGGCGACAUGGACGGGAUUCGUUGA